CAACACGAGACGAGGUCGCUCACCAGUACUAAUUACCCUUCAGACAGCCAUCGCCACCAACAUCCAUCAUGGCGCUCAACCCGCAGAUUACCAACCUUCUCAUCAUUCUGGCGUUCAUGCAGAUCUCGAAGAAGGUUCCUUUCGAUAACCCCGAUGUUCUCAACGGCGUGCGCGCGCUGUACAUCCUCUCCAAUGCCAUCAUUGCUGGUAUCUACCUCUACGUGCAGGCGCAGAUCAAGAAGAAGAAUGAUAUGACUGUCGUCAAGUACGUCGAGCCCGCUCCGAUGGGAUCCGGCGAGGAGCCCAAGUUUGUCGCGACCACCGUCAAGGCAUACGAUCUCCAGCAGCUCCAGGGCCUCUUCAAGGCACAGCUCAUGGGCGUCGGCAUGAUGGGCGUCAUGCACAUUUACAUGAAAUACACCAACCCGCUGCUUAUCCAGUCCAUCAUCCCCCUCAAGGGUGCCUUUGAGGGCAACCUGGUCAAGGUCCACCUCUUUGGCCAGCCCGCUACCGGCGAUCUUCAGAGGCCAUGGAAGGCGGCCGGUGGUUUCAUGGGCGCUAUGCAGGGCGGCGAAAUCAAGACGGACAAGAAGAGCAUCGAGGCUGCUGAGCGUGCUGGACGCGGUGGCGUCAAGGACGAGUAAAUGCGCUAUGUUCAGGGCUUGAAGGCACAGACACAGACUAGCGCUACCGCUUUCCAUGCUCGGU